GAGAUAUUGUUGAUUUUUGAGCCGAUUGAGUCUGACGCGAUCGUUAUUCCGCACGAUGGCUUUUUAGGUUAGUUAAGAAUCGUCGCUUGUUGAUUUCCCUGUAAAUAAUUGUCGACGAUGGGUUGGGCGAAUUGCGUGGAAUGAGAUGUCGUCAGCUCCGACGAUCGUCUCGAUGCGCUCUCGUUAAGUGAAUGACGCCGAGGGACGGAAAUUCGCAAGAAUUAUAGCGACAAUGGCGACCGACGUCGAGGAGUCGGACACGGACGAGAGACCUAUUCCGCCUAAGCGACAGUGCACGCGACUGUCCAAGGUCAAUGAAACUUGUUGGAAUACGGAGCAACACACGAAUGUAAACAUGGAGACGGAUACUUUGGAGAACUACGACGAAGUGGAAAGACGCGCGAGGGAGAAACUCAAGAGGUGGCAGGCUUUCCAAGAUGCCAAGGGAACCAUGGACAAUACCGUCAACAAAGUUUUGGAGGACUGCAAUAUGAUGGCAGCGCUUGAUUGUCUGGAGGAGGAUCUUACCGAUGGAUUAUUCCAUUUCUUCCGGGAAAAUGACAUGGAAGAUACGGCAGUGAUGAUGGCGAUUCGUAAUUAUGGCUUGGUCCAAUCAGUUGAGCCUCAGUCCCAUGACGAUAAGACUCGGACCGACAGUGAUUACAUAGGUGUGCAUUGUUCUUUCCCAUCCAAUCGUAUACAGGACAUCAAGGACUUAUCAGCCGCUCUACCCACAACCUCCUCCGAUCCUUCGAGAUCAAGCAAUUCUGUAGAAAUGGAACGUUGCAAUGCAUCAAACUCGGAUGAAGAUAAAAUAUAUGACAGUGAUCAGCCGGAAGACUUCUUGGAACGCGCUGUGGCGGAAGCGAUCAAGAAGAAAGGCCUGAGUGCUCUGAGUGUGGAUUACUGAUGAAUAAGCUGAUCGAAACAGCCUCAUUCCUUUGGUGUAUUUACAUUUGUAGUAUAAUACAUCUAAUUGUUGUGCUCUGUAAACUUAUUGCGACUCGUAAUAUUUUAUUUUAUUGUUGAUUUCUCUGUCGUACGACCAGUUGCAAUGCAUUUUAUCACAUGUAAUUUUAGAAUAUUUUUUACCCAAAUGUAUACAUUCCGAUGUAGUAACUUGCUUAUACGAGAGAUGCAAUUUGUGAUCUGGUUAUAUUUAGAAAGAUAACGCGAAACAUUGUAAUCGCCAUUUUCCGAUGAUUUUUUUUAAUAGCCAGCUACCGCUUAUAGUA